CUAUUUUCCCUGCACAUUUAAAAUAUAUCGUUGAAGAGGAGAUUUGUAUGCAUUUGGCCUUAGCAAUGAUGCAAACCCUGAAACCGCCGCCGCCGCUGCAUCAUCAACAACAACAACAGCAGCAGCAUCAUCACCAGCAGCAGCAGCAACAGCAGCAACAACAACAACAUCUGACAGUCAUGGAUAAUCAUCAGCAACAACAGCCGCAUAUCCAUCAGCAACAACAGCAGCAACAUCCUCAACAAUUGCCUUCAACGCCUCAGGCAUCGCACCUGAUUGCUGGCCAACACAAUCAUCUUCAUGGCGUCUCGGUUGGCACUGCAGCUGGAGUUGGCCAGGUCGACCACGAUGACCCAAAUCCUGAACUGGUGCUUGCUUUAAUUUCAAGAAAUCGAGCGCUUGAGGCUACAAUACCAAAGUGUGGAGGCUGUCACGAACUGAUCCUGGAUCGUUUCAUAUUGAAGGUGCUGGAAAGGACGUGGCAUGCCAAAUGCCUGCAAUGUAGUGAGUGCCACGGCCAAUUGAAUGACAAGUGCUUUGCCCGGAAUGGGCAACUCUUUUGCAAAGAGGAUUUCUUCAAGUCGAACAGACGAUAUGGUACGAAAUGUUCCGCUUGUGAUAUGGGCAUACCACCAACCCAAGUGGUACGAAGGGCCCAGGAUAAUGUAUAUCAUCUGCAAUGUUUUUUGUGUGCCAUGUGCUCGCGAACCUUAAACACGGGCGAUGAGUUCUAUCUGAUGGAGGAUCGUAAAUUGAUCUGUAAGCGAGACUAUGAGGAGGCCAAGGCAAAAGGUCUCUAUUUGGAUGGUUCAUUGGAUGGGGAUCAACCUAAUAAGCGUCCGCGUACCACAAUAACCGCCAAACAGUUGGAAACUCUGAAAACCGCCUACAAUAAUAGUCCAAAACCCGCCCGACAUGUACGUGAGCAAUUGUCCCAGGAUACGGGUCUGGAUAUGAGAGUGGUUCAAGUCUGGUUCCAAAAUCGACGUGCUAAAGAGAAACGACUGAAAAAGGAUGCAGGUCGUACACGAUGGAGUCAGUACUUCCGCUCCAUGAAGGGCAAUUGCUCACCGCGUACGGAUAAAUUCCUGGAUAAGGAUGAGCUGAAAGUUGACUACGAUAGUUUCAGUCAUCAUGAUCUAAGCAACGACAGCUAUAGCACUGUCAAUUUGGGCCUAGAUGAGGGAGCUUCGCCACAUAGCAUACGUGGCUCCUAUAUGCAUGGCAGCUCGAGUCCUUCGCAAUAUCCUCCAAGCAGUCGGUCGCCACCCCCCGUUGGUCCAGGACAUACGUUCGGUUCAUAUCCAGACAAUAUUGUUUAUACUAAUAUCGAUCAUGCUGUGGGUUCCAAUUUGCAUGCCAGUAAAACACAUCAGCGUCUGCACAGUAGCAACAAUGUAUCGGAUUUAAGUAAUGAUUCCAGUCCCGAUCAGGGCUAUCCAGAUUUUCCACCCAGUCCUGACUCUUGGCUGGGUGACUCUGGGAGUACGAAUAAUACAAGCAACAACAACAAUAACACUGCGAACAACCACAACAACAACAAUAGCAGUGGUGGUGGUGGCGGCAGCGGAGGUGGAAGUGGGAGUGGCAAUGGUGGCGCUGCAUCCUCAGCCGUUCCUAAUCCUUCUUCAACGCCCGGAGUACAUUACUGAUACUCAAAUAUACUUUUGCGUUAUUUUGAGAUGCAAUCGCAGAAUUUGUUGCUGGCAGCUGCACAUCAACAACAGUUGCAACAGCAACAGAAGCAACAGCAACAACAGCAGCAACAGCAACAAAAGCACCACAAAACAUAGCAGAUUCGAUUUGUUUAUGCACUAAGCCUUUUACUUAAAAAACCUAAAACCAAAAAAACAAAAACCUUAACACAAUUUGCUCAAAAUCCUUUAUUUCCCUAAGUUAACCCCUAAAAGGAUUCACACUAACUAGCUUGAGGUUACGCCCCCAAGGAACAUGGCUUAAGCGUUAAACUAUAUAUCGCAAAAAAAACACACACUUUUUUGUAACAUUUUUAACCUUGAUAUUUUCAUGUAAAUAUUGUAUAUUUGUGUAUAGUGAAAAGCGGAAAAAUGAUAAGAAAAAUGGAAAACAACCAACAACUAAAACUGAAUUUUAAAUUAAAUUAAGUCUGUAUAGCAUCAAAUCCGGGCACGAUAUAUAUAAAUCCCAAAAUGCCCCACCACAAAAAAAAAUAAGAUAAACCCAAAAAAAAAACCAACAAAGAAAACAAGUUAUUUAUUGCUUUAUAUAGGAAUACAAGAAAAUUACAUAGGAGAAAUAUCAAUUACGAAAACGUGAUGUCGUAUUUAUAUCUAAAAUAACAAAGAAAUACCAAAAAAUAAAAAAUAAAAAACAAAAACGAAGAAUUCAACCAAAAUAGAAAUGUCAGUAAUGAAGAAGCAACUAAACAUAACAAUGCGAUGAAAUAAAUUACU